AUGCAGAGCAAUGAAGAUGUUGUUGUCGACAUCAUUUUUGUUGAGAAUCCGAUAGAGCAGAAUCUCCAAGAUUGGGAAGAAUCUUUUGGCCAUUCAGAAUGGUUCAAGGAGGCUUUCCCAAGACAUUCCAUAAAGACGCGAUCUCUAUACUACAGAUAUCAUGAUCAAAGCUCUCGGGACUCUCCAGUCGAAGUUGUAAACCAUGCAGCGCAUGGUUUGUUGUCCGAGUGGGCAAAGCUCGAAACACAUUCGCUGGUCAAGCCGUUGAUAGAUUCAUCUGAGAACGCUAUAGACGAAGGCGAUGAAGCAGCGAGAAGUCAAGACGAUCAUCGCAGGUUCCUCCAGACCGAACAGUCACUUCUGCAGAUGUGGUUAAGGCAACGAUUCGCGACCAGCUGCGAGUGGUUGGUCAAUCUUCAAGCAUACCGAAAAUGGGCGAAUGAAGCCGAGAACCCUCUGCUGUGGCUCAAAGGUCGGCCUGGGGCAGGCAAAUCCAUGCUUUGCUCGGCAAUAAUUGAAAACCUACAGCAACGACAGGAGCAGAGAUGCGCAUUGGCUUUCUGCUUCUUUGACUCACGCCAAGGCCAAGUCAGCUCGGCGCGAUACAUAUUGAAGGCAUUCGCUUAUCAACUAAGAGGAUGUAUGCGAUCCAUCGUGCUAGAACGCCUGCUGCAAUCGGUCAUCAGAGAAAGCGAGAAGCUUACGGAUCCAAUGUCGCUGGAACAAUUUCAGCGCAAACUUAGGGGACUUAUAGUAAGUGUAAACACUCAUGUACAAGUGUUCUUGAUACUUGACGGUCUCGACGAUGAUGAAUCAAUCAAAAAAGUCCUCAUGCACGAGAUCCUCCGAGCCAACAGGUCAAGGGAGAAAUCACACAUUCUCAGAUGUCUUAUAUCAAGUCGGUCUAGGUGCGAGGCUAGGAUCAGCCCUGAGGAUAUUAUCCAGAUUGACUUGAGCGCUGAGCCAGGACUUCAGCAGGACAUGUUGAACUUUGCCAGAAUUCGAUUGGCCAAUAUCUUCGGGACUUCCACGAAAAAAACCGUGCAUACCUUGGCUCUCGCGAAGCAGCUGUGCUCGCGCGCCAACGGAACUUUUUUGUGGCUGGCAUUGGCCAUUGAGCAAAUCCAACGGACGGAAUCUCACCUAAAUUUGCCACAAUUGGUCAACUCAUUACCAGCUAGCAUUGAUGCAUUCUACCAAAGGGCGCUGCAACAAAUCCCAUUGCAGGAUGUUGAGACGGCCCAGAAAAUUUUCUCCUGGCUAACAGUUGCUAGUCGGCCUCUGUACCUUCCGGAACUUCUAGAGGCUUUGGCGAUCAAAGCUGGACAAUCUCAACUUCCUGAGCAGCCGCCAUCAACUGGCGACGAGCUAAGCCUACCCAAUUCACAAGCUGAAAUCUACCGCAUUUGCGGAUGGCUUGUGACCAUUACCGAGGAACGCAUUGUUAGACUGAGACACCCAACUUUGCGAGACUACCUUCUUUUUGCAGAUGAGUCGCCGAACCAUCCUCGUCAUCUGGUACUCGCAGCCCACGAACGUCUUGCGCGGGCUUGUUUGGUACUGCUGAGCUCACUCUUAAGGGCGGAAUCAUCUCCCGCUUUGACCAACAUAAAAACCGCACAGCAGCUGUGUGGAGGGAUGACCUCGACCUUGACUAGAUAUGCAGCUGCCAAUUGGUCUGUCCAUUAUCGUCUGUCCGAGACUUACAGCAGGGUUCUUGCCGGCACACUGCAGCGCUGUCUAAUUAUCAGGCUUGACUACGAUUGCCAGUCUUUCUCAAUACCCAACAGUGGACGUUCCAUCCAGAUUGCUCAUACUACCCUUCGAAUUUCCGCUUCGUAUGGUCUGAUGUCUCUAACUCAACUGUGCCUGGAGAUGGGUAUGGACCCAAAGGGUGGGUCUUGCGUUCUUUGUGAAACGCCGCUCGCUAUUGCAGUAGGAGGUGGACACUCGGAGGCUGCAAACAUCAUUUUGCGAGGGGUCGCGCAUUCUGCAUCUAGAGCGAGCUAUAAUUCAGUAGAAAUGAUUCACCUCGCUGUAGCUCGGGGACUUACAGACGCGGUCCAAUCACUUCUGGAGUGCGGCUCUAAGGUAGACGUCGUUGAAAUCGACUCGGGGAAAACUUUGCUACAUGUUGCUGCGGAGUCUGGCAGAUUGGAUCUGGUGAAAUUGUUGAUGAGCUACAACUCGAACGUGAAUUCAAUCAUACCAAAAACCCAUGAGACACCUCUACAUAUAGCAGCAGUUCAUGGAUAUAUACAUGUUGUCAAGUACCUGGUUGAUGGCCGCGAUCCUUCCAUGAGGGAGUUGGAGCUAUAUGACUCGAUCGUGCAACAACCAUACUAUCAGUCUUGGACAAAAGACUUAGCAACGAACGAGGGGAAAACAGAUAGCAUGCUUUGGGAUAUCGACACGAGGGACUCAGUAAAGGCGCACAUAGGACACUUAUGGUCUUGCUCGACCAGAUACUCGGACAUCAAUCUGCGUACUUCUGAGGGAAUCACAGCACUUGAUCUUGCAGCCUCUAACGGCUACAGUGAUAUUGUUCGAUUUCUUCUUGAAAGAGGAGCAGACUUUAAGAGCGAGGGGAGUACUCGAUGUAUUGCACUGCAAGCAGCACUAGAGAAUGGACAUCUCGAAACUGUCAAGCUUCUACUUGCGGCAGGGGCCAACAUGCAUGAACAAACCGAUGGACUGGCACCGACACUGCAACACGUAUAUAAGAAAGGUCAUGAUGACGUUGCAGACUUUGUGGCAUGGUACUGUUUCAUCGCAGAGAUCUCCGCAAAACAAUUCCCCUGGCCAGUGCUGUGUCUUCCAACUAAGACGACCAAUACAGUCGUGCGCGAUGCUAUACAAAAGGCGAAGCUUCACACGAAAUUCUCAAAGCUUGGAACGCAUACUCAAUUCGCGCAACGCUUGAGCAAGCUAGCGGAGAGGCCGAAAGGCCCAUUCGGUGCGAGGUGA